AUGAGCCCAUCCGGCCUCAUCCUGCUCGUCGUCGCGAUGCUCGUGCUUGCCGUCUUCGCAGAGGCUGAUCCAGAUGAUGAUCGACCGGGUCGAUGGGCCAAGGCACACGGUCUAUGGGGAAAACGAUCGGAUAAAGGCAGUGAUCUUUUCAUCGAGGAGAAGCGGCCCGUCGAGAAUUGGAACAAGUUGAACACGCUAUGGGGGAAGAGAUCAGCCGACAACUAUCCGAUGGCCUCCUAUUUCCCGAUGGGCUUAAAACGCGCCUCUUCGUGGCAACAAGCCAACGGUCUAUGGGGCAGACGGAAA